AGUUGAGAGGGGCCCAUGUGGACCCCCCCUCGCAGGCUUGUUGACGUUCCACCCACAGUGGAGGCACAUUUGUGCUGCAGUGUGCAGGACUGCCUCAAAGACCCUGCAGUGGACGACCACCGCCAGCUUUUGUCUGCACUGACACUCUUUUUGUCCACACCUUUUUUCUUCUCCCUAAGACUGAUGGCGGGAGUGAGGCGAGCGACCGAGGGGGCGGGGCAUCCUGAUCUGCACCUGGAAGAAGAUCAUUUCCCCGGAAACACAGCAGGGGGUUUACGUCUCAGGCGACCGCAGAUCACAGUCACCUCAGCACAACCUGUGGACGCCAACAACCGCUUCUCGGCGCCGUCUGCCGUCUUUCCUCGGUCACCUCCGGCCAGCUGGUCUUUGGGCAUCCAGGUCCAUGCCAAGCAGGUGACCAAAGAGAAGACCAGAGAGAAUGAUGUCGCCCAGCCCAAGGCAGCCCCCCGCCGCCCCCCCUCUGCCAACACUAGCAGCCCCCAGACCCACCCUGUGAGGGGUAAAAAUCCCCAAAAACCACCGAGACCAUCCUUGCCCAGACCAGUGGUUAGAGAACAAUCUGGUCCACCAGAGUCAGAAGAGAAUUGUUGUGAUCAGUGGUCCAGGUCUGUCACUGUGCACUGGAGCACUCCAACAACACCAACACCUUCUCCUCCAGACCUGAGACCAACCCCAGUCCCACUCCCCCGCAUUAAGUCCAAAAGAAAGGCAGUCACAGAAGUUAAAACCCAGACUUUAGUCCAACUUGAUGAAGUGGACAGUGAAGUGUCCUCUGGUGCUGAUGCCGAGUCUUCGAGUAAAUAUUUGAAGGAGCUGCUGGAGGUCUUUGGUGAGGAGAACCCAGAUCUUCAAUCAGUUGAGGAAGCGGCCAUGAAUGGAAACCACAAUCAACGAAAUAUCCAAGCUAGGAUCCAAGCCUUUGAGAGCCAGACCGGCCCAGAGGACGGACAUGUGACAGAAUCUACCAAACCUCAGCCUCUUCCCAGAAAGACCCCCAAGUCGCCGGUGUCGUCUAAACCUCCCGUGACUGUCAGGUGGCAGUUCAACCACAGCUUGGAUCAGGAUGUUCAAAACGUAGCUCAAGAACCCCCCAGUCCGUCGACGGAAUUCAAGCCUCGGCUGCCCCAGAAACCGGCGGCCGGCAAGCCUGUGCAUGCCGACUUAGAGUCUUUGCUGGCGAAGGGUGGUCCGCCUUACGGGUCACGUCCGUUGUUGACCAGAGACUACAGCAUCCAUGAGGAGGAGGAGCCUCCUAUACCGGUUCCUGUUCUUCCACCGAGGAGUCCUGUCAAGUCGCCCAAAGAAGCACUGAAGGCCAACCUCAACAUCAACAACCACAACUCAACCUCCAUCUAUAGCGAGAUCGACUAUGUGGAAAGUCCGAGUUCAAGUCCUGCUCCUGGCAUCAUUCACCGUGCAGAGUCUGUAUCCAGACCAGGUGUGGCCAGAAGACCCACCACCAUCAGGGUGCCCUCUCAGACAGAGAGCCUGCCGGCUAACGCCCCUCCACUCCCCGCCCAGAAGCCCGUAGGCUCCCUCACUUCUGCAAGCGUCCCAAAACAGAAGUCCUUACCCAGCAUGCCCCUGCAGGCACCUUUCUCCGCCGCGUCGCCGCCAACUCGGGCGCAAAGUCUACGAAGACCUCCACCGCAGCGCCCACCUGCAGCCAGACCAGGACCAGGACGACCCCCGCCGCCUAAGACCCAAACGCAAAAACCCUCCAGGCGAAUCCCCAUGCUGCCCCCGAGACCCACCCCGGGCCAGCAGCUCUACAACAAGUACACGCUUCACCUGCCUCAUGGGAUCGCCGCCUCGGAUUUUAGCGGCGACGCCACAGGAGAACUGUCAUUCCAGAAAAACCAAGUUGUCCUCCUGCUGGACGAGGUCAACCAGGACAUGUUCCAGUGCCAAGUGGGAGACGCCCGAGGUGGCGUCCACAAGUCUCGCCUGCAAGUCAUCACGCCGCUGCACGCCCACUUCCCCGCCACGCCCUCGCAGGCUUCAAAUGUGCUGAAGGUUCAAGCUCUGCAUGACUUCACGCCAGAGGGCGAAGGAGAGCUGGCUCUGCAGGCGGGUGACAUCAUCAGCAGGGUGGAGAAGGUGGACAGUGAGUGGUACCGAGGAUGCCUGCACGCAAACACUGGAUUCUUCCCUGUCAGCUACGUACAAGUACUGUCGGAGGCUCCGUCUGAAAGGAAACCAGAAGUAAAAGUCAGUGGUCCAAGAUGCGUGGCCAGGUUUGACUUUGAGGGCGGGAGCAGCGAGGAGUUGACCUUCUCAGAGGGCGACGUGAUCCACCUGAAGGAGUACUUGGACCAGGAGUGGGCCCGAGGACAGAUGGGCGUGCAUUCUGGAAUAUUCCCUCUCAGCUUUGUCCAAGUCCUGGAACAUCUCCCACAGCACCACCAAGUCCUGGAACAUCUCCCACAGCAGACUACAAGGAUCGCGCUUCCUGGCAUGGCGGAUCCUCCCCAAGCAGAAGCGGUCCAACCGGCUCAGUCCUCGGCGGAGUGGGCGGUGGCGUUGUACGCCUUCCACGGCACGUCGCCGGAGGAGCUGUCCUUCAUGGCGGGCGACGGCGUCCUGGUCACCAAGCACAUCAACCAGGAGUGGAGCAGCGGGCGACACGACGGCAGAGAAGGCAUCUUUCCCACAGCGUUUGUGGAGAGAAGACAGACGGGGUUCCUGGGUGAGCAGCCUGAAGGUGACGGUGGCGUGCAGGGCAAGGCCAUGUAUGACUUCACCGCCAACUGUGAUGAGGAGCUGUCCAUGCAGGUUGGAGAUGUUAUAAACAACCUGGAGGUCCUUGAUGAUGAUUGGUUCCUGGGUGACUUGAGGGGCAGACGGGCUUUGGUACCCAGAACCUACAUUCAAGUUAUCUGAGAGCUCUUAAUGACGUGUAGAAUUUAAAUACUAACCAUAGUCUUUAUAUUUGUGACCAGUAGAUGAAUAAUAAAAUGGUAAAACAGCA